UGAGCGAAGGGGCGGGCUCGGCGCGGGGCGGUGGCUGAGACGCCGGUGCCGCUGGAGGGAGGCGGCAGCAGGUGACGAAGCCGGGCGGCCAGCGAUGAAGCCGCCUAGUUCAUUGCAAACAAGUGAGUUUGACUCAUCAGACGAAGAGCCUGUUGAAGAUGAACAGACUCCAAUUCAGAUAUCAUGGCUACCCCUGUCACGAGUGAAUUGUUCUCAGUUUCUUGGUUUAUGUGCUCUUCCAGGUUGUAAAUUUAAAAAUGUUAGAAGAAAUAUCCAAAAAGAUACAGAAGAACUAAAGAGCUAUGGUAUACAAGACAUAUUUGUUUUCUGCACCAGAGGGGAACUGUCAAAAUACAGAGUCCCAAACCUUUUGGACCUCUACCAUCAGUAUGGAAUUAUCACUCAUCACCAUCCAAUCCCAGAUGGAGGGACUCCUGACAUAGCCAGCUGCUGUGAAAUAAUGGAGGAGCUUGCAAUCUGCCUUAAAAAUAACCGAAAAACCUUAAUACACUGUUAUGGAGGACUUGGGAGAUCCUGUCUUGUAGCCGCUUGUCUCCUACUCUACCUGUCUGACGCAGUGUCACCACAGCAAGCCAUGGACAGCCUGAGAGACCUGCGAGGGUCUGGAGCAAUACAGACCAUCAAGAAGAUCGAAAAAUUGCUGUACAAUUUUCCUUUUUAGAAAUGCACUGGCUUCUCUGGAAUGUUUUACCUGGAAGUAAUGCUGAAACAAGCAUAUGGAAAAAUAUCUGACUGCCUGUUUUUAUUAUUUACCACACUUGUACCUCAUCUUACUAUUUGUAACUACCGGGUGGAAUAUGACAUAGUAAUAAUAUAAAAAUUAUUUUGAGCACCCAAGCUAAAAUCAAAUAAUUUUCACCCUCUACUCCUCCCACAUUUUCUCCCAUGGUUUUUUCUACUUCAUAGACAUACAGAAGUGCAAGGGAUCCUA